AUGGUAAGUGAAACCACUGAGCAAAUAAAAAGAAUUCGGAGUCGAAUGCUUGAGGCUCAAAGCCGUCAGAAGAGCUAUGUUGACCAAAGACGGAAGCCCUUAGAAUUCGAAGAAGGAGAACACGUCUUCUUGAAGCUUCGUAAAUACACUUUCGAUCCUAGCCAUGUCCUAGAACCGGAAUCAGUCCAAGUGAGAGAAUAUCUGAUGCUUCCAGUAACUCCGGUUAGGAUUGAUGAUACCAGCAUCAAGCGUCUACGCGGAAAGGAGGUUUCUUUAGUGAAAGUAGCUUGGAGUCGAGCUGGUAUUGAAGAAUAUACCUGGGAGCUUGAAUCAGAGAUGCGGAAGUACUACCGCCACCUCUUUUCAGGUAUCUCACUCUGA